CUGCCAGCAGCAGUAACUUAAUCCCCUCCUGUGUUCAGACAGGCGUCGAUGUCGACGACCUAUGACAAAAAGAAACACAAUUGAACAAAAUAAUACACAUCGGUGUCUUGAGUCGUUCCUCGUCAAUAAAAGCGGUUGAGCAGCGGAAAACAGAAUCCUACCCGAGGGAGCAUGUCCCACGGAGGAGUCCGGUGACAAAGGUGGAACCGGAUGAGAUGCAGACGCCGCUCGGCUUGUCUCUGCUUUCAGGCGAGUGUUUAGGAUGAACGAGGAGUGGAGCAGCAGAAUCCCAGUCACUUCCGCUUCCAACAGGAUGCUUCAAAGAAGAGCCAGAACCAAGAUGAUUACCUUCUUGUGGUCUUUGGUAACAAAGGCGGGCAGGAAACAAGAUAACUAACGGAUUCCUUUAAUCCAUCUCCUGACGUCGGACUGUAAUGUCGGAGCCCAAGACUCCCACCACUCCCACCCCGCCUGGUGACACAUACAAAGGUUGGGUGUUCAAAUGGACUAAUUACAUCAAGGGAUAUCAGCGAAGGUGGUUUGUCCUCAGUAAUGGACUCUUGUCUUACUACAGAACCCAGGCAGAAAUGGGCCACACAUGCCGUGGCACAAUCAACUUGGCCACAGCAACCAUUACUGUGGACGACGCUUGCAACUUCGUCAUUUCUAAUGGUGGAGCGCAGACGUAUCACCUGAAGGCCAGUUGCGAGGUGGAGCGCCAGCGCUGGAUCACUGCUCUGGAAUUGGCCAAGGCCAAAGCAGCUCGCAUGCAGGCAGAAUCAGAUGAUUCUGGGGAUGAUUUCUCAACAUCAUCUCCAUCGGUGGCGCCAGGUCAACCUGAAGGAACUCAGAAUUCUGAAGUCCAGUCGGCUCUCAGGACUCUAGGCAACAAAGUGGAAGAUCUGAGAACUUGCAACGACCUGAUCUUAAAGCAUGGCUCUGCCCUCCAGAGGUCCUUGUCUGAACUGGACAAUCUACGUUUGACGGGAGAGGCAGGAGAUAAGAUCCGCCAGGUGACUGAGAGAGCUACACUGUUCCGCAUUACUUCCAAUGCCAUGAUUAAUGCAUGUCGAGACUUCCUGUCCCUAGCUCAGGCCCACAGCAAGCGGUGGCAGAAAGCUCUGCAGGCUGAACGAGAGCAGCGGGUGAGGCUGGAAGAGACACUUGAGCAGCUGGCAAAACAGCACAACCACCUGGAAAGAGCUUUUAGAGGUGCAGCGCAGGUCAACGCUGUCUCAGAUAAUAAAGGCGCGGUUGUUCCAGGAAAAGGCGAGGCCAGUGAUGAGGAUGACGACAAUGAAUUCUUUGACGCUAUGGAAGAGGCUCCUGAAUUUAUCACUGUACCUGCAGAUCCCCAGUUUCACAAGAGGUCAAGCAGCAAUGUGAGCGGUUUCAACAGUGAAAUGUGCCCUGAUGAUCAGUCGCUUAAUGAAGAACCGUUAGCCAUGAAUCAGGAGUCAUCUUUACAAGAACUUCUCCCCCUGAAGAAGAGGCGAACACGUAUCCCAGACAAACCGAACUACUCGCUCAAUCUGUGGAGCAUCAUGAAGAACUGCAUUGGCAAAGAGCUGUCAAAGAUCCCCAUGCCUGUGAACUUCAAUGAACCCAUAUCCAUGCUCCAGCGCUUGUCAGAGGACCUUGAGUACCAUGAAUUGUUGGAUAAGGCUGCCAAGUGCCACAGUUCACUGGAGCAGAUGUGCUAUGUAGCAGCCUUCUCUGUGUCUUCAUAUUCCACGACAGUCCACCGUACUGGAAAACCUUUCAACCCCCUGCUUGGAGAAACGUAUGAGUUGGACCGACGGAGAGAAAGUGGAUACCGUUCGCUCUGUGAGCAGGUGAGUCACCAUCCACCAGCUGCAGCACAUCAUGCCAUUUCUGAUCGUGGCUGGGUCCUGAGGCAGGAAAUCACAGUUGCCAGUAAAUUCCGAGGCAAAUACCUGUCGAUAAUGCCGCUAGGCACAAUUCAUGCCAUCUUUGAGAAGAGCAAAAAUCACUACACAUGGAAGAAAGUUACCACCACAGUACAUAAUAUCAUUGUCGGAAAACUAUGGAUUGAUCAGUCUGGAGAAAUUGAUGUGGUGAAUCAAACGACAGGUGACCGCUGCCAUCUGAAGUUUGCACCUUACAGUUACUUCUCCAGAGAUGUAGCAAGGAAGGUGACAGGGGUUGUUAUGGACAAGGGCGGCAAGGCCCACUAUGUGCUUUCUGGCACAUGGGAUGAGAAGUUGGAAUUCUCCAGAGUUAUGCAGAGCAGCCGCGGUGGCGAGAACGGCACAGAGGGCAAACAAAAGACUGUCUACCAGACCCUGAAAGCAAGAGAAGUGUGGAGAAAAAACCCUUUACCUGAGGGUGCAGAGACCAUGUACUACUUCACCACCUUGGCUCUGACGCUUAAUGAGCCAGAGGAUGCUGUAGCGCCCACAGACAGCAGACGGCGGCCGGACCAGCGGUUAAUGGAGGACGGUCGUUGGGAUGAGGCGAACACUGAGAAGCAGCGCCUGGAGGAGAAGCAGCGCACGGCCCGGCGUGAGCGAGAGCGCGAGUUUGCCAGCCAUCGCAGUUCAAGUCAAUCUGAAGAAGCUAUCAAUGAGGAAGGUCUCACUGACCCUGCACUUAAAUGUACGGCACAUGACAACUACAGGGCUCUUUGGUUUGAGCGCUGUGAGGACCAGAAUACAGGGGAGCAAGUCCACAUCUAUAAAGGAGGAUACUGGGAAUCUAAGGAACGCUGCACCUGGGAUGGCUGCCCGGACAUAUUUUGACCUUGAGCUGUGCGCUGAGUACCGCGACGACAAAAAUCCAUCUGUUUUUCAGGUGGACAGAGCCUGUCCAGGUGGCUGCUCCCCUUCAGUGGCUCUCUAUUCUAGGAGAUUUCCGCUAUGGUCACCUGUCUGAUGCAGAAGGAGAGCAAUGCUUCCUCUUCUUCCAUCCUUGUCUGAUCUAACUCCUCAUCCAGAGUCUUAGUAUCAUUUGCUUGUUGUCCCACAUCUGAGGAGGAUAAAAUGGCAGGUGCUUUGCUCUUGAACCUUCAGGUUCUAAACUAGCGGCACAUCAGUCUUUCGCACCAUUGUUCCAAUGAAUGCGUAUUCAUCAUCAAGUUAUCAACAGGUGGCCUUAAUGAGAAAUUGCAAAAUAUUUCUUGCUUUUCUGAUUCAGUGUCUUAUUGUAAUUCCGUGUGUGUGUGCACGUGUGUGGAUCACUACAUCUGCUCUUCCUUCACCAUUGUGCUGCUCUGUCACAUUUGGGGGCAACACAGACAGUCGAGGGAAGAUAAGACGUUAAUGCAGUAGUGAAGCGGUCAGGCGAGUUCAUCCAUAUGCAAGUUGGUCAUAACACCAAAAAAACUUGUGAUCUUGUCUGAUGUGUGUUUUGUGGGAGUGAAUGAGUGUGAAUUUCUCAUCUUUGUAAGUGUACUUAAAAAAUAUGAAGAAUAAAGAGACAAAGAAUUUAAUAAGUAUUGUAAAUAAGUGAUUUUAUAAAUGCAUAGAUAUUCAGAAGAUAAUGCUGAAAGCUGUAAGGUAGGUUCUUCUCCUCACGCCAUAUAUAUAUAUAUAUAUAUAU